AUGAAAGCCUUUUCCUUGUUCUCGUUGCCGUUGCGUCGCCUCGCCACCCGGCGAUCAUGGACAUGCUCCGAAUGUCGCGCCGGCCCGACGGCCCAGCAGCAGCAGCAGCAGCAGUAUAGCCGGUCGUCACAACGCCAGCAAUGGUUCGGCAACAACGCCACCCGUGGAUUCUCGUCGACGAGCACCAGGGCCGCUGUUGCGAGAGCGGUACCGAAGAAUGGUAGCAGCGGUAGCGGUAGCGGUGGCGGCCGGAAGGGCGGCCGCGUGUUGCUUCUUGCUUCCGGUGGCGGCGCAGCGGCUGCGAGCGCUCUCGCCUUCACCGACGAUAUCAAGCACGGUUAUGAGGCGGCGGAGCGCGCCGGUCGGGUCGCUGCCGCCCUUGCGGUGUGCAUCAACGAUUACCGUACAACCCUCAACCAGAAGGAAAAGAUCGAAGAUCCCGAACUGCAAUCCAGAAUUCUGAAAGACUGUCACCAACGAUGCGCCGAUCGAACACUUAAGGUCUUGGAGAAGAACGGUGGCAUCUUUAUUAAGCUGGGCCAGCACCUUAGUGCGAUGAACUACCUCCUGCCGCAAGAGUGGACCAACACGUUCAUCCCCCUCCAGGACAAAUGCCCCGUGUCGUCGUUCGAAUCGAUCGAAGAGAUGUUCCGGAACGACAUUGGCACGGAGCUGUGGGACUACUUCUCCGAGUUCUCGAACGAACCGAUUGGCGCCGCGUCUCUCGCCCAGGUACACACCGCCACGGUGAAGGAAACGGGCAUGCCCGUCGCUGUCAAAGUGCAGCACCCCGGCCUCGGUCAGUGGUCUCAGCUCGACCUGGCCCUGACACGGUUCACCUUCUCGACCCUCAAGCGCUUUUUCCCCGAGUACGACCUGGAAUGGCUGUCCGCCGAGAUGGACGUGUCGUUGCCGAAAGAACUGGACUUCAGGGAGGAGGAGCGGAAUGCCAACCGCACGCGGGAGCACUUUGCGAAGCUGCCGGAGCACCCCCUCGUCGUCCCUGGGGUCCUCUGGGCGAAGGAGCGCAUCCUGGUCAUGGAGAGGGUGUCGGGACACCGGCUGGACGAUCUCGCGUACCUCGACGCCAACGGCAUCGACCGUGACGAGGUCUCGGCCUGCCUCGCGCGCAUCUUCAACGAGAUGAUCUUCGGCCACGACGCCCCCUUGCACUGCGACCCUCACGGCGGCAACCUCGCGAUCCGCAAGAACGAGUCCCGGCGCGGCCUCCGCGGCGGCCACAACUUCGACAUCAUCCUGUACGACCACGGCCUCUACCGUGACAUCCCGCGCGACUUGCAGCGCUCCUACGCCAAGAUGUGGCUCGCCGUCAUCGACGGCGACAUGAAGCGCAUGCGCACGUACGCCAAGGAGGUCGCCAACAUCAACGACGAGCAGUUCCCGCUCUUCGCCUCGGCCAUCACGGGCCGCGACUGGAGCGUCCUCAACAGCGAGGGCUCCGUCCUGCAGACCCGCACCGCCGAUGAGAAGAAGGAGAUGGGCGACGCCCUGCAGGAAGGCCUCAUCGUCGACCUCGUCCAGCUGCUCGGCCAGGUCCCGCGCAUCAUCCUCCUCAUCCUCAAGACCAACGACCUCACCCGCAGUCUCGACGAGAACCUGCACACCCGCCAGGGCCCCAUCCGCUCCUUCCUGAUCCUCGCGCGCUACUGCACGCGCACCGUGUUCGAGGAGCAGCUCGAGGACCUCAAGCGCCGUGGCUCGCUGCUGUGGCCGCCCAACACCUUCCGCCUCGUCUCGGCGUGGAUUGGCUUCCUGAGGGUCGAGGUGAAGCUCGGCGCCUUUGAGCUGUUUUUGAGCGUCAAGAGGGCUCUCGGCCUGAAGGGUGUUGAAUUCCCGGCCCCGGGCAUGUGA